GUUGUCGUUGACGUCGUUGUCGUCAGUUGCUUGGCUGUCAGUCAGACGGCUGAUUCAAGUUUUGCUAGUUUUCGAGUUCCGUUUCAUAUCGUUGCACCGUGGCGGUUAUUAUUGUGUGAUUUCAUAUUCAAACAAACGUUGUGUGCGAUUGAGAAUGAAUAAAUCUCACUUAAAUUCGGUUGUAGUGUUCUGUGUUUGUUUGGUUCCUUUAAAUGAAAACUAGAGCAAUGUGUGAAAUUGUAAACAGAUGACUUCAAUCAAACCAUAUGUUUCGAUACCUGCAGUUGUUUGGGCCCAAUCUUAUCGAGAGUGCCGGAACGGCCGGUGAAGCGCCCUGAAUAGUGGAUUUUAAUGAGCAGAAAGAUAACACCGACCCCAUUUCAGAUGAAUAAAAAUGUCAACAGAAGGAAGCGGAGAGACUCCAUCGAGCGGUCCGAGCCUGCCUGGAGCGCCGGAGCAAACGUAUCUAUUCCCAAAGGCGAAAGGGCAUUCGAGGUCCAUCAGCCAUGGAGGCACGCCGAUGCUGGCGGGCGCACCAGCGCCGCGGCCGCUCAAAUCGGCCCUGCGUGGCCACCAGCGCGCCUUCUCGCAGGGCCAAAUCGGCGACGGCCGUGCUGGAUCGGGUGCACAGGGCCACAGCCGCACUGGGUCCCGCACAGACUUUAUCCUGCCGCCUGGCCACCGCGCGGAUGCGCCAGCGGCGCCACGCACAGGCUCCGUGCGCGCGCACUCGCGGCAGGCCUCGCGCUCCGACUCCAUCUACACCCUGCGCCGUACGUCGGUGGUGAGCCCGUGGCGCCGCACAUUGUUCUGGCUGAUGCGCCGGCAGGCUCCUCAGGUGGACGCGCGUCACAUCGCAGUAGUUCCCAACCACCUUGUGCCUGAAAAAACCCCCCCAAAAGAGCACCCAAAUGGCCAGCGCUGCAACAACAAAAUCAGGACUACUAAAUACACUCUGUUGUCAUUCCUUCCUAAAAAUUUGUUUGAACAGUUUCAUAGAGUUGCCAAUGUGUACUUUAUAUUCAUAGUGUUGUUAAACUGGGUGCCGGCCCUGAAUGCUUUUGGCAAGGAGAUUGCCAUGUGCCCUGUUGUGUUUGUGCUAACCGUGACUGCCAUCAAGGACUUAUUUGAAGAUCGACGGAGACACCUCUCUGAUAAAAGAAUCAACAAUUCAUACUGCAGAGUUUAUAAAGUGAACGUGGACCGGUACGUGCGAGUGAAAUGGCGCGACGUGCGCGUGGGCGACCUGGUGCACCUGUCGAACAACGAAGCGGUGCCCGCGGACAUGGUGCUGCUCCACACCUCCAACCCUCUGGGGAUCUGCUACCUCGACACGUGCAACCUCGACGGCGAGACCAACCUCAAGCAGAGGAUGUUGCCGCCUGGUUUUUUAGAAAUGCAUUUAACUUUUCGUCCAUCGAAGUUCAAAAGCACAGUGGAAGUGGAACGGCCGUCAACCAAGAUCAACCGAUUCACGGGCACCAUCUCGCACCCGAACAAGGAGCGCGUGCAGCUCAACUCCGACCACCUGCUGCUCCGCGAGUGCACGCUCAAGAACACCGACUUCGUGGAGGGCAUCGUCGUGUACGCCGGCCACGAGACCAAGGCCAUGCUCAACAACGGCGGCCCCCGCUACAAGUGCUCCAAGCUUGAAAAGAAAAUGAACACCGACGUUAUCUGGUGCAUCUUGGUCCUACUAUUCCUUUGCUGUACGGGCGCCGUCGGCUGCAAGAUCUUUCUCGACAACUAUUACAGCCUUCCUAACUUUCCUUAUUUCAUAAUUACCACAAACUCCCCCGCCUACGAAGGACUGAUAAUAUUUUGGACGUACAUUAUUGUCUUACAAGUUAUGAUACCGGUGUCGCUAUAUGUGACGAUAGAGAUGACAAAGCUGUUGCAAGUUUACCACAUACAUCAGGACGUUGAAAUGUACGAUCCGAUGACGAACACUCGUAUACAGUGUAGAGCGUUAAACAUCACUGAAGAAUUAGGGCAAAUCAACUAUCUCUUCAGUGACAAGACGGGUACGCUAACCGAGAAUAAGAUGUUGUUUCGGCGGUGUGCGGUGGCGGGAGUGGACUACGACCACCCGCCGGGGCCGCCGGCGGAGCCCUCGCUCGACCUGCCGCCCAUCGUCACCCCCGUCACCCACAUCUCGCCCAACUCCAGGAUGCUUCAACAUCUGCUCGACAACAAUGGAAAUGAACACACUCAAAAGGUACGCGAGUUCAUGCUGAUCCUGGCGGUGUGCAACACGGUGGUGGUGUCGCAGCCGCACGUGGACGCCAUGCACAUGAGCGGCUCCAGCCCCGGCGACCUGGAGCCCGCGCGCUCCAACGGCACCGCUCGCUCCACCGACAAGUACGCGCGGCUAACCGAGUCGCGGUCGACGACGCCGUCGCCGCCGCCGUCCACGACGUCGCCGUUGCGCUUCAAGCUGGCGCGGCUGCCCUUCGUGCGCGGCGACGACAGCGCCAGCGAGCCCAGCACUAGCGCCGACCAACAGACGGUGCGUUUCGAGGCGGAGAGCCCUGACGAACUGGCGCUGGCGGAGGCGGCGCUGGCCUACGGGUACGAGCUGCGCUCGCGCGCGCCCAACGAGGUGGAGGUCGGCGUGCGCGGCGAGCUGGCGCGCCUGCGCGUGCUGCGCGUGCAGCAGUUCGACGCCACGCGCAAGUGCAUGAGCGUCGCGCUGCGCGACCCGCAGGGCCAGGUGGUGUUGUACGUGAAGGGCGCGGACAGCACGGUGCUGAGCGCGCUGACGCCGGCGCGCUCGGGCUCGGCGGAGGCGGCCGCGCUGGAGCGCACGCGCGCGCUGCUCACCGAGUACUCGCGCGCGGGGCUGCGCACGCUGGUCAUGGCCAAGCGCGUCAUGAACUCCGCGCAGUGGGAGGAGUGGCUCGCCUCGCACCAGCGCGCCUCCGAGAUGGGAGAAGGUCGCGAGAAGCGCAUUCGCGAAUCGCUCGCUCGCCUCGAAAGCGCUUUAACGCUGAUCGGAGCCACGGGCGUCGAAGACCGUCUCCAGGAGGAUGUGCCCCGCACCGUGCGGGCCCUGUUGGACGCCGGGAUCAUCGUGUGGGUGCUGACGGGGGACAAGCCUGAGACCGCCAUCAACAUCGCCUACUCGGCGGCGCUGUUUUCACAGAGAGACAGGCUGCUCUAUCUUAUGUCGAGAGACAAGGACCAAGCCGAGUCUACGAUCAAGGCGUACCUGAGCGCGCCGCUCGGGCCGGGCGGGCGCGCGCUGGUGGUGGACGGGCGCACGCUGACGUACAUCCUGGACCGGCGCUCGGGGCUGGUGGCGCCCUUCCUCACGCUCGCGCGCCGCUGCUCCGCCGUGCUGUGCUGCCGCGCCACGCCGCUGCAGAAGGCCUACAUCGUGAAGGCGGUGAAGGAGGAGCUGGGUGUCACGACGCUCGCGAUCGGGGAUGGAGCCAACGAUGUAUCCAUGAUACAGACCGCGGACGUCGGUGUUGGUCUGUCCGGGCAAGAGGGCAGGCAAGCGGUGAUGGCGUCCGACUUCGCGCUGUCGCGGUUCAAGUUCGUGGAGCGACUGCUGCUGGUUCACGGCCACUGGUGCUACGACCGCCUCGCCAGGAUGAUACUCUACUUCUUCCUCAAGAACGCUACGUUCGUGUUCCUGGUGUUCUGGUACCAGCUGUACUGCGGGUUCUCGUCGGCGGUGAUGGUAGAUCAGCUGCACAUGAUGACCUACAACCUCAUCUUCACCGCCUUCCCGCCGCUCGUCAUCGGUGCGUACGACCGCGUGGCGCCGGCCGCGCUGCUAUCCGAGCGGCCCGGGCUAUACAGCGCGUCGCGGCGUGGGCUGGCCUACCAGGCGCACUCCUACUGGCUCGUGCUUGCCGAGUCGCUCUACAUCAGCGUGGUUAUCUUCUUUACCGCCGUCGGCGCCUACUGGGACUCCACCGUCGACCUCUGGGCCUUCGGCAUCUGCAACAUGACCGGCUGUCUGGUCAUCAUGCUUGCGUACGUCGCCAUCGAGACUAGGAGCUGGACGGUGAUCCACGCGAUCGCGCUGCUGGGCUCACUGGGCGCGUUCUUCGUGGGCACGCUGAUCUACAACUCCGUCCCCUUCUCCAUCCUGGGGAUGCCCAUGGCCUACCACGUCAUCCACCACGCCAUCGCCGACCCCGUCUACUGGCUGGUGGUGGUCGUGGCCACCGUCGCUUCGCUCGCGCCGAGACUGGCGUACCACGCGGUGCGCAACUCGUGGCGGCCCAACGUGCUGGGGCGCGCGGUGCUGGCGCGGCGCCGCGGCCGCGCGCGCCUGCCCUACGCCGCGCACUACCACUGCGACACCGCCAGCGCCGAGGCGCACGUCUACAGGUCGACGGACGAGGAGGGUCUGCAGAAGACCGCCGCGGACGUGGCGGCCAUCACGUGACCGCGCGCGCGACCUCCGAACCUAGGCUGUGAUCUGUCUUAACGUUUAAGUAGAUGUAGAUCGUCCGCGCCCAAACGGCACGGCUUAAGAAACGUUGCAUCCUCUGACUGACACUCUUGCUCAUUCCCGUCGAGAAACAGAAUCUCCUAUCUUGUAUACUAACUGAAUGUGGUUCAUUUGGAAUUCGUUUUGAGGUAAUAAAAUAAUAAUCGGAUUCCUAUAGUCUGUAUCUUUAGGUAUGUAAAUAAAAGUAAACAAAUGAUUUGUACGUUUUUCGGUAGAUAUAACAUUUAUUGGUUAACCAACUUAAUAUAAAACCGCCUGGAUCAGUGGCUGAACGAUCUGACUUUAACCUACAUUAUUUGAUCAUGUAAUGUUUUCAUCAACCCUCAACUGGCUUUAGGAGCCAUUUGAGGGUAGAUUUUGUUUACUUUUAUUCAAAUGCCUAAAGAUACAGAGUAUAAUUAGAUCUAUUCCCGAUAAAAAAUAAUACCUAAUUGUAGUAAGUGUUCUGGAAAUAAGCUUUAUAAGUUUUGAACCUUGCAUACGAAAUAAGUGCAGUCGAUGAAACGUUUUGUAUAAUUAGAUGCCUAGUUGGGCCAGCGUGUUCGAUUUUAUAGACUAAUAUAGUGCUUUCGUAUGAUGUCGGGACCAAUGUGUCACAUUAUAACAAAUGAUUCUUGCUACACCGUGUCAUAUACGACAAAAAGUCGAGUGGCAUAAAAAUUACACAUACUUUUUAUGUGUAUAUUAUGCCGCGUCUAAGUAUUGACAUAACUGCGAGUUAUGUCAACAAUUAUCACUUAUCGGGUUAUACCUACUGCCCAAAGUUGUGUGCCGUCAGUGUACCAUAUGUCGAACAUAAAGGCUUCUCUACACGAUGGGCCAGCGCCGGCCACUCCAAGUGACGCAGCCAUGCGGUAGAAUGAGAUAGCAAUAUCACUUGCUCCCUCUAACGCAUAAAUGCGUCCCUUGGAGUGUACCCAUACCCAUCAUGUAGAGGAGCCAUAAAGCAUGCUGAGCGAGCCUCACAGUUCCAAACAGUUUUGAUACUUCUACCAUACUUCAAGUUGUCUGCUCUAUGACCUAGAGUCUAGGUAAUAAUAAACGAGAACUGAAAUAAUUGUGACAAUAGUCAAACUGACCAAUUUUCAUAGCUUUGAGUCUUCAUAGUUAUUGGGAUGUAUGAGCGGAGCCGUUGAAGCGGCUAGUAGGACCUUCGGUCUGUGGACUUUGUACUUGUAGCUGGAAUAGUGAAUCUCUCUCGACGUUGGCAGUAGACGUAUUGUAGCCACACUUAACCAUGUGGACAUGUUUCUUACGUAUUGUAUAACGCUGAUGUACUUAUGUCUCAUUAACGUCAGUAGUAGUAGUAACCACAAAGUAGGUUUUGUUUUGGGCUCAUUUGUUUCUAUCAUAUUGCACGAAAGGGGCCGUGUCCGUUGGAAGGGCGUCCUCUUAGUGACCGCGAUUGAAAACUAAUAAUGAAUUACUAGCGACCCGCCCCGGCUUCGCAAGCAUAUAAUUAUAGUGCUUUUCUCCAAACAUGCGAGGAAAUGAGGUAAAAUAAUCAAUAGUUAAGCAUCAAGCAUCACUCAAAUCGAAUCUUCAUAUCAAAAACGUCAAAAGCAAUUUCCCUCUUUAAUUAUUUUUUAAAGUUAAAUGCCCAACCGGGACCAUUUUUUCUAUUUUUAAACCAACUAUGAGUCACCGAAGUUGGCUUCCCUAUAACUUUUUCAUUGUGAUUGACAUCUGUAUAUAUCUACAAUUAAUAGAUUGUAAUGUGGUACGUCCCACAAUAAAAACUGGGAAAAAUAUUAACACUUGGUCAGGUCAAGUUUAAGUAACUUAUAAGGAGGAUAUGUAGGUACUAUCAAAUAUCGAAUCUUGCUUACAUUUCCAUUUCAAUUACUAUCGGCCCGAUUCUAAUUUUAAUAAACGUCUCUCAAUACGAUACGAUAUCGUAAAUGAGUUCACCGAUGUUAAAGAUGAAAAUAUAGUUUGACAAGUCACGUUAUAAGACAGGCCACAGUUAUUUUUUUACCCUUUUAAAUCCCGCCAAAUAAGAAAAAUUACAUUGCAAUCUAAAUCAAAAACCUAUAAUUAAAAGUUGAAUUUUCUUUGUUCAAAAUGCAUUUUAUUUUUUGAGGUUUAAAUUUAUUCUUAUUAAGUAUAAGUAUGUUGAGCGUGACGGCACUAGGCACUUUCGUGGGAUCUAACAGGCCAGGCCAUUUGUUAAUGAUAAUGAAGGGAUCUAUCUUACUAUAUUUCCUACUACCGCCGCAUGUUUUCGGCCACUUUUAUCCUGAAAAUGUACCUAUUUAUAAUUCUUAGUAUUUUCAAGCAUUAAAGAUCCUUUAGUUUCAUACGACUCUUAUCUUGUCCACUUAUAUAAUAAUUGGAGAAAUUCUCGUAUUUAGUAGUAGGUAGUUUUAAUGUGCAAUUUUGCAUACGCUUGACCAAGUAUUUACUCUUAGGUAAGUAGCUAUGUCCGCCGUAACUUGAAAUGAGAGAGAGAUGCGUAGGUGAUCGGUGUGUGAGCGAUGCGUUAGCAUAUCGACGGGCAAUUUUCGCAGAUCUUAUUAAAAUAGCGUAGUUAUACAUACAUGCUAAUAUAAACAGUUUUUCAUAUAAUCUUUUAAUGACAAGACAACAUUUAAUAUUAAACCUCAGAGGCUAAACCGCUCGCGAAAGUUACCCGUGGCUAUAUUUUGUGUUCAUAGUUAGAUAUUUAUUGCGACUGCGGCCAUGUUCCGUAGCGUACCAUGAGAUUGUUGAUUUCCUGACGAUUUCUAGCGGAGAUGCUGCCUUGCCCCAGACUGUCCCCUUAUUGGGUCUUAUGAACUUUACUUAAAGUGCGCCGAAUCGUUAGGCUUAGUGAUGGUAAAGGCAAUUUAAAUGGUAAGGGCGUAUACCGUCAAGUGGGAUAACUGGGACAGGAGGGAUAACAUUAGACAAAGGAAAUAUUCCCUAUUAUAUGGGAUCUACCAGCCUGUUAAUAGCGUCAAUUUUUAACUAGCCAGCUUAGUUCAUAGGUAAAAAAAUAGUCUGAUGAUACUUCUAUGUCCCCAGAUGUACUUGACGGUAAUUAACAGUUUUUUUUUCAAUAUAGUUGUAAAACUUCUCAGAAAUUUACACAAGAAUUAAUGAAAGUCUCAAUUUUUUUGAAACUGAAUUAUCUCUUCUAUAAUAAAUAAUGUUGUUCUGGACACAUGUGGAAAACUUCGCGUUGAAAACUUUGCCUAAGUAUUAUAUAUCAGUAGGAGUAGUGAAAUAUUAUUUUGCGAUAUUAAAUCCCAUGCGCUAUAUGCCCGAAUUGUAAAGCCAUAUCCCUUUUAGUCCUAUUCAAACAUGAGUCGCUUUUCGCUAAAUGUACCUUUUAACGUUAUGGAUGGGAUGUUUAGCAGGACAGGGAGUCAUUUUGCAACCGAGUCAUUAUGCGCCCUAAGUAUAAAAAUGUUAAAGUUUUAAGUUUGCGUGUAGUCGAACGUGGAAAUCACCGCCACGAUUGUUCACAAGCAAAAUCCAACUUUAAAUGGACAGUGUAAGGUUAUAUUUUCUAAAUCACUAAGGGUGGUAUGGUAUUCCAUCUGUCCAAUAUCUUGGUCCAAUGUGUUUGCGUCUCACUCUCUCAGCAAAAUGUGAGUCAAAAUACACAUUGGACAAAGAAAUUGGACAGAUGGAAUAACCACCCUAAGUUACGCAACAGUUACACACGCCACGCAUGGCGUGGGGCAUAUGUUCAGGUAGAACGUUUCUAGCGCCACGCAGCGCGUCUGCAACUGGAUGGUGCUGCAAUCUGUUCAGCGAACCUGUGGGCCUACCGCGAACCACGUUCGACGUGUUGCCUUUCGCACUUGUAAAUUCGUACGUAACUGUGACAGGGAGGCAACACGUCGAACGUGGUUCGCGGUAUGCCGUCUGAUGUGGCGGGAAGUACACUCUGGAUGUAUCCAGGGCGAUAAUAUCCUAGGGACGUAUAUAACAUUCCAAUCGCUACCGCGUCUUGCCUUUGUUCCGAGCUCGUAUUUCUCGACCGCUCCAUUAUGCGUAUUCUAAACAUAAUGAUUCCUAGAAGAUUUGACUAUUUUUAAUACUGUUUCUAGUUGUGUACAUAGAGACAAUUUAUAUUUCUACAUUAAUAGUUAUUGUUAUAUUAUGUACAGUAGGAUAUUUUUAUAUAAAAAAAAACUUUGUGUAAAUAACUUGUAUGUACUAAGACUGUUGUUUAUCUAGAGCUUUUAAUUUGUUCAGUUAAAUUACUAAUAGGUAUUAGAAAUAAAUCAUAAAUUUCUCAUAUACUUUGACUUUCUUGCCAUAUGGAUCGGAAUGAGAUUGUUUGUAAUAAGAGUACAAAUAGGAUGCAGCUUUGAGACAACGUGUUGACCGUUAAGGCAAAAUAUGAGUUUAUUAGAUAAACUAUUGCAAAAAUAAAAACGUCAUAUUAUUGCAUUAACAUGUGCUUUUAGCCUGCUUCGGUGCUAUCUGAUAAAUACAUAAUUAUGGCAAAAAUUAUAAAUAUUGUCUGUCUGUCUGUCUCUAUACAUUCAGGUUACUUGUGUUCUCUCAUACUGUACCUACCGAAUUAAUAUUACUUUAUUUCAAAAUGAAACGUGCAAGCAAAGGCAUUGUCACACUUCCAUUCCUCUUAACUAUAGUUAGCACGUGAAAAAAGCCAGACAAAAAUUAUUUAAUUUUACUUUAAUUUAUUAUGUAUACUAGUCCAUUAUCAACGAAAUAUAGUAUUACCAAGCAUUAUUCUAUUAAUUUUAAUUGGAGAUUUAUCAAGCAUAUCUUUGGAUAUUAUGUUUAUACAGACUAUACAGUCAAGAGUAGGUACCUAUGUACUAUAAAGAUGGUUUUCUCAAAUAAAUACAAAUGCAUUGUCAUGUCACUGUUUUUCUGACAUAGCUUAAGAGUUUAAUUUGACCUAAGUAAUUUUUUUUCUUGACUAGUUUAUUGUAUUUAAAAUGCAUUUAUGUUUUUUGUGAUAUCGUUCUAAAUUAAACUAGGGGGCGCCACGCGUGCCGGCGCAAGCCACGAUGACUUGGAAAUACAUAUUGAUGUGUUGUUUUAUUAAAUAAAAAUAACAAAUUAUUUAAUA